AUUGGCGGGAGGAGGAACUGGGUGGACGCUGAAGGAAGCAGAGCGGAAGCCUAGGGGCAAUGAAUGGCGAGAGGAGUUUCCAGUUGGGCUCCCGCUCCUUCCGCUCGGACACCUGAGUCUUAGUGCGUUUUUCCUGUACUCAGAAGUCCAAGUGGUGCGUCCGGUUACUUACAAACGGCAUUUUGCCACUUUUUAAACGACGGAACCCUGAGCGGAACUGCUCAGCCGCCAAAGCCCCGCCCUCAGUGCGGCGGACCGCCCACCUAAGUUCACAGAUGGCUGCAGCGCUUGCGCCCCAGGAAUAGCUGGCGCUAAGUGCUCGCGUUGGACUGGGCAAAGGGAAGUUCAUGAUUGGAGGAGGGAGCAGUAAGAGUCGCUCCACUGAGAUAAGACUUAGGAGGAGGGCCUUUGGCUUUAUUGGGGCAGAGGGGAGGAGGAGGCUGUCGCAAGCCUGCCCUGUAGCUUUUGUCUUGGCUCUUAACAUUCUGAAGGAUGUAGCCGGACACAUCCUUACUCUUGGUUCUGUUUCUCAGAUAAGUGAAAUCGAGGCCCAGGAAAUGUAAGCUCGUGAGCAGCAUUGUCUCCGGAUGCAUCCAUGGCUCUUCUGUAUAUGUUAUCUCAUUUCAUUCUCAAGACAACCCAGUUCGGGACAUGGAGGCUAAGUUAGAGACGUCGAAUGAAUUCACUUCAUUCUCACAGUUCACUCUCUCUUACACUGAAGUAGUAGAGCCAGGAUUCACACCCUGUCUUAAUUAGCUCAAUAAUUACUUUUCUGAGUGUUUUUACUGACCACACACCUCCCCAGUUAAGCCUUUUCCUCUGGGGCCCCACGGCACCCUAUGGUCCAUUCUGUCACAGUACUUAUAAUACACAGCUAUCAUUGACUUCUAUUUCUGCUGCAACUAGAAUGCCAGCAACUUGAGAGCAAUGACCAUGUCUGGUUCAUCUUGUUAGCCCCAUCCCCUAAUACUGGACACAGCAUAUGUUGGGAAGCAAUAGAUAUUUGUCAGGUGAAUGAAUGAACAAAGGAUAAUAGCAAGAGCAUCGACAGGUUCAUGGCUUGUUUUGAGAGCACAAAAUUUAGAAGUAAUGGAUAUGCCCAAUGUCCAGGGAAAAGCAUAACGAUGCAUCUUUAGGUUCCUCACCCAGAAUUGCAGCAUAAUUAUUUUUUCCCCAGAAUUUAAGUCUUAGAGCCAUCAUCCUCAAUGGUUACAGCAAAGACGCAGUAAACUGCUUUUCCUCCUGGAGGACUUAAAAGGUUACCAGUUGUUGCUAUCAGAAAAUAGCUCUGUGAUUAAAAUAAAAAUUUGCAUGUCCUGAGCUUUUUCAUGCUUUGGGGGUUAUUGACUCAGGAUUGACUCCCAUGAGUGCGAUAACUAGGACAAAGGAAAUGAACAUUUUUAUUGCUCUUGCUUCAUAUUGCCAGAUUGCUUUCCAGUAAGGGAUUAUGCCCAUUUACACUGAAGAUCGAUCUGAAACUCAGCACCAGCGAAAUCCAGAACUUGCCUGUCUCCAUGGCUGGUUUUAAUUUCCCUAUUCUGCAGUGGCUUGUUAAUAUUAGUUCUGACCUUUGGGGCAAGGUGAACACAUGGUUGGACUGAAGAGAAAAGGCUUCGGGUGGCUCAGGAACUUCUUUGGCAACUACAACAGCUGAUAUUUCAACAGAGCACAUACACCCCCCACUUAACAAGGGUACAUCCUCAGCCUUCUCAGGGAACCAACGAACACCUCCAGGCUUCCUCUUUGAUGCCACCCACUGGACCUGCCUUGGGGGUCUGUAAAUGCAAGAGAACCGCGUGUUGGAUAAUUAGCGAUGGAAGAAAAAACCUCUAGAAUAAAAGCAUCCAUACCCCAGUUUACCAAUUCCCCCACAAUGGUGAUCAUGGUGGGUUUACCAGCUCGAGGCAAGACCUAUAUCUCCACGAAGCUCACACGAUAUCUCAACUGGAUAGGAACACCAACUAAAGUGUUUAAUUUAGGCCAGUAUCGACGAGAGGCAGUGAGCUACAAGAACUAUGAAUUCUUUCUUCCAGACAACAUGGAAGCCCUGCAAAUCAGGAAGCAGUGCGCCCUGGCAGCCCUGAAGGAUGUUCACAACUAUCUCAGCCAUGAGGAAGGUCAUGUUGCGGUUUUUGAUGCCACCAACACUACCAGAGAACGACGGUCACUGAUCCUGCAGUUUGCAAAAGAACAUGGUUACAAGGUGUUUUUCAUUGAAUCCAUUUGUAAUGACCCUGGCAUAAUUGCAGAAAACAUCAGGCAAGUGAAACUUGGCAGCCCUGAUUAUGUAGACUGUGACCGGGAAAAGGUUCUGGAAGACUUUCUAAAGAGAAUUGAGUGCUAUGAGGUCAACUACCAACCCUUGGAUGAGGAACUGGACAGCCACCUGUCCUACAUCAAGAUCUUCGACGUGGGCACACGCUACAUGGUGAACCGAGUGCAGGAUCACAUCCAGAGCCGCACAGUCUACUACCUCAUGAAUAUCCAUGUCACACCUCGCUCCAUCUACCUAUGCCGACAUGGUGAGAGUGAACUCAACAUCAGAGGCCGCAUCGGAGGUGACUCUGGCCUCUCAGUUCGCGGCAAGCAGUAUGCCUAUGCCCUGGCCAACUUCAUUCAGUCCCAGGGCAUCAGCUCCCUGAAGGUGUGGACCAGUCACAUGAAGAGGACCAUCCAGACAGCUGAGGCCCUGGGUGUCCCCUAUGAGCAGUGGAAGGCCCUGAAUGAGAUUGAUGCGGGUGUCUGUGAGGAGAUGACCUAUGAAGAAAUCCAGGAACAUUACCCUGAAGAAUUUGCACUGCGAGACCAAGAUAAAUAUCGCUACCGCUAUCCCAAGGGAGAGUCCUAUGAGGAUCUGGUUCAGCGUCUGGAGCCAGUGAUAAUGGAGCUAGAACGACAGGAGAAUGUACUGGUGAUCUGCCACCAGGCUGUCAUGCGGUGCCUCCUGGCCUAUUUCCUGGAUAAAAGUUCAGAUGAGCUUCCAUAUCUCAAGUGCCCUCUGCACACAGUGCUCAAACUCACUCCUGUGGCUUAUGGCUGCAAAGUGGAAUCCAUCUACCUGAAUGUGGAGGCUGUGAACACGCACCGGGAGAAGCCUGAGAAUGUGGACAUCACACGGGAACCUGAGGAAGCCCUGGAUACCGUCCCAGCCCACUACUGAGCCCUUUCCAAGAAGUCAAACUGCCUGUGUCCUCAUCGCCUUCCACCUUUAGGAAAUGCUACCUUUGCUCUUCUCCUACUCUGCCUUGGCCUCACUGAGGCACCCCACUUCCAGUGAAGAAGUCCUCCGCAACUCCCAAACAAGCCUCGCUUGCUGGCCGCAACCAAGGAGCUAUCCAGCUCUGAAGGAAACUUUCUUUCUUAAUUCCUAUUCUCUGACGAAUAAAGACUUACUGCCUACAAGAGGAGAGGAGGAGGUCAUGGCGAGGCUUUUCCAGUUGUUCUCAAGGUACUGACCCUAAUCCUGACCCAGCUCUGCUGCUGUGAGGGCAUGGAAUGGGUGAGGACUUCCUGGAGGGAAAAGUUCUACAGUAGCACCUCCAAAGAUGGGGGAGAAGAUAGGUGCCUGUGAGUUCCUGUGGGCCUUGUUCCAGCAAGGUGGCUGUGGGCAUGACACUUUCGUCCUUACACUCAGGGAAGAAUCUGGCACUCGAGCCAAGUGCUCCUUUCUUCUCCAACUCUUGCUGCCAUCCUGAGUGAUUUCACUGUUUAUGUUAAUGAUCCAACCAAUACUCUGGCCUCACAGUCCCCUGACCCCCUCAACUCCAGUGAUCAUCUUCUCCCCUUCAACCACCUACUCCAUGGAUUUUGGUAUCAUCUCCCUGGUCUGACUUCUUAAACGUAAGCAUCCAACUGUCUGACCACUGC